UAUGAGGCCUGUAGCUGCAGUCGCCAUUUUGUUGUCAGCGAAAACGAACCGAGAGCAAGUGACGGCGGCGGAAAAGCUCGAAGCGGGCCGUGUUUGUCGCCGGUUGUCGGCCCGACGGUUGUCCCGGUGAAUUAAUGGACUGUCUGCUGCUGCGGGGUAAUGGUUUCGGUCCGGCCGCUGUAGGUUUGUCCGGGUCUCGCAGCUGGAAGAUGGAGGAGCAGGCGGCCCGGGACGACGCCUGCAGGGAGUACCAGUCGUCGCUGGAGGACCUGACGUUCAACAGCAAACCGCACAUCAACAUGCUCACCAUCCUGGCCGAAGAGAACAUCCAGUUCGCCAAGGAUAUCGUCGCUAUUAUUGAAGCUCAAAUCAUGAAGGCCCCGGCCGCCGAGAAGCUGCCAGUUUUGUACUUAGUGGACUCCAUAGUGAAGAAUGUUGGAGGAGAAUACCUUGCAGUGUUUGCUAAAAACCUAAUCGCUUCAUUUAUUUGUGUCUUUGAAAAGGUGGACGAGAACACCAGGAAGAGCCUCUUCAAGCUGCGCUCCACCUGGGACGAGGUCUUCCCGCUCAAGAAGCUCUACGCGCUCGACGUCCGGGUCAACUCCCACGACCCGGCGUGGCCCAUCAAGCCGCUGCCGCCCAACGUCAACUCCAGCAUCCACGUCAACCCCCGCUUCCUGAAGCAGCCUGAGGAGAAGGCCUCGCCACAGCCGGCCCCGGCCAAGCCUGCGGCGGUGGCCCCGGGCCCCCAGGCGGCCCCCGCCGCCCCCCCGUCCAGCCUGACCCAGGAGCAGCUGAUCCGGCAGCAGCUGCUGGCCAAGCAGAAGCAGCUGCUGGAGCUCCAACAGAAGAAGAUUGAGCUGGAGCUGGAGCAGACCAAAGCUCAGCUGGGAGGAUUGGUGCUGCCGUCUUCGUCCACAGCGCCCCCUCUGGCUGAAUCCAGCACGACGCCGAGGCCCGCCAACCAAUCGGCUCCGGCUGUCCGGCCCUGGAUCCCCCCCCAGCCCCCCACCGACUCCAAACCAUCAACCAGAGACCCCCGUCUGAACCGCGGCGUCCCCUCCGCUGCGCCCCAGCUCAAAGAGCACCCGGCGGCCAAGAGGGAGAGCCCCCAUCCACCGGGGGGCGCCGCUGUCACCCCAGAGAAGAGGGUCCCUGAGAAACCCCCCCGGCUGGACAAAGCCCGGCCCCCCAGAAAAGACGCUUCUGAGGACAAGUUAAAGUCCAAAUCUCCGUCUCCUCUGACCAAAAGCCUGCAGAGCAAAAGCAAACCGCUGGAGGCCGACGCCCCAAAGCCCGGCGAGGCCUCCAAGAAAGACCCCAGACCCAAGAAGCGUCUGCCGGAGAAACCCGGCGAGGUGCGAGACGAGGAGCUGAAGGAGAAGAAGCGCUGCCUGGACAAGAAGGAGCGGGAGGAGGCGGCGAGGAGGUCUGAGCCUCCCAGGCCCAACAAGGCCAAGCUGGCCAACGGCCUGGCCGCCAAACACGACCACCUGGACCCCGCCGAUAAGAUGGAGCUGAAGCCCGGCAGCAACGCCCGCCGCAAACGCACCCGCUCACGCUCCCCCCCCGCCUCCCCCAAGAGGAAGGACCGCCGCUCCCCCAAGAGCCACGCCCGCAGCAGCUCCCUGUCCCCGUCCCACAAGCCCCCCAAACCCCGGCGGGUCCGCGCCGACGACCCGCCGCACGGCAAGCCGGGCCGAGAAGACCGGCUGGGCCCCAAAAAGGCCCCGUCAGAGAGCAGGAGGGCCAAGAGGCUGCUGGAGGACCGCCACGCAGAACCCAGGGACUCCCCACGGGGCCACGACGCCGGGGCCAAGGAGUCCAAGGAGUCCCUGCACCGCUGGAGGAGCGGCUGGGAGGAGAACAAGCACACCAAGAUGCCGGAGGACUCCCACACCAAGUCCGGGCCCCCGAGACACAAGUCACACGGGACCCCGACCCGCCCCAGCACCCCCAGAAGCCAGAAGAUCCGCCUCAGCGUGGACGCCAACCUGCAGAUCCCCGAAGUCCUCAACUCCGCCUCCAAGAAGGACCUGCUGAGGAGGGCAAGCAAGCGUCUGGAGAGCGGGGAGAUCUCCCAGGAGGACUUCCUGAACAUGGCGCACCAGAUCAAGCACUUCUUCCAGUACCAGGAGGAGAAGCAGCAGCGCUCCGAGGGCUGGGAGGGGCCCGGCCCCUUCCCCCCCAAGAAGCCGUCCCUGCUGGCGCCCCGCCCCCACCCCGUCAUGGACCCCGCAGAGCUGUCCUACUACGAGCACAAGUCCAAGCUGAGGAAGACGCAGGUCAACCACAGGCUCACCGGCGACGAGGCGCAGGAGGCGCAGGAGGACGGGGGCGAGCCGCUGGGGGGCGGCCGGGGCGGCGCCCACCCGUACGGCCGAGCAGGUGAACGGAGGAGCAAGGAGCGUGAGGAGGCGCGGCCCCCGCUGGCCCCCAUGGUGGAGGAGUACAACCACGGCAAGGAGUUCCCCAAGCUGAAGUCGCUGCCAGGCCUGCGCUUCAGGAGGAGAGCGGACCCCGCCGAGCCCAGUGAGCGUGAGUGGACCUCGCCGCUGACCGAGCGCCAGCUCUACGAAGACGAGCACAAGAGCGGCUACGACGCCCCGCGCAGAUACGGCCCCGCCGACGCACGCCGGCAGGAGGGGCCCCCUCCCUCUGUGGGGGUCCGCAGGAGCUCGCCGGGCCCCGCCGGGCUGGAGGCCCCGCCCCCCCGCUUUGAGCGGGAACGCCUGUCGCCUCUACAUCAGAAAGACUCUGCGGACGUGAGUCCGGUGCCGCGGUUCGAGAGCCCCAACAGCGAACACUCCGACGAGGGGCCCCUGGAUGCCCCCCCUCCUCACCUUCCCCCAUCGACCCUAAAGGGGGCCCCUCGCGGGGGGGCCCUUUCUGUGGGCCGACAGCACGUCGACUCGCCGGGACACACGCCUCCGCAUGAAGGAGGACAUCCUCCCUCACGCUUCAGCGGCCCCGCCCACAUGGGCCCCUCCAGACCACACCGCCCUGGCUGGUAUGAAGGCGGGGGCCCCGGGCGCUUUGACGAGCCGCAGUUUGAUGGCCCUCACAGGUUUGAAGGAGGGGGGCCAGCUCAUCACAACUUGUCAGAAAGGACCGAGGGCGCUGGGCCCUGUGAGGGGCCCCAUAUGGUGAUGGCAGGCGGAGGAGAUGGAAUAGGACCGUUUGAUGGGCCCCUGCAGGGCCCCAGCAGGUUUGGUGGCCCUGCAGGCCAACAGCAGCCGGUGAGGUUUGAGGGACAGAUGGGGGGCCCUGGUCACCUGGAGGGCCCCAUGCAGCGUUUUGAUGGACCAGGGCCCUUCAACAACAUGGGUCCCGGUCCGAUUGGCUUCCAGCAGCAGCGGCCCCUGCGCUUCGAGGGCCCCAAUAAUCAGAUGGGCCCCAAUAAUCAGAUGGGCCCCAAUAAUCAGAUGGGUCCCAAUAAUCAGAUGGGUCCCAUGAUGUUUGAGGGUCCCAAUCGCUUUGAGGGACCUGGUCCAGGACCCGGACCCAGGUUCGACCUACCUGGGGGGCCCCAUCAGCCUGGGCCCCAUCAGCCCGGGCCCCCACACUUCGACUACCCUCCUGGCCAGCAGGGCCCCCCCAGGUUCCCUCCUCAGCACAACAUCCAGCUCCCCAUGCAGCCCAUGGCCCCGCCCCUCUACGAGCCCCCCAUCGGGCCCCAGCAGAACUUCAUGGCCCCUCAGCGCUUCCCAGAACCCAUGAACCCUCAGUUCGCCCCGGGGCCCAACAUGGUGCCGGCAGGAAGCUUCAACAUGCAGCCGGUCCCGUUCAGCCAGCCGGGCCCCGGGCCCUUCUACAACCCCGCGGCUCCUGCUGUGGGCAUCCAGCAGCCGGUGAACCUGAUGGGGAACCUGAACCAACCGUUCCUGCCUCAGAACCCGGCGCCUUUCGGCCAGCAGGCUCCUCAGGUGGCGCCUCCAGAGAACCACUUCGGCCAGGUGGACGUUAACGACCUGCUGUCUAAGCUCAUCUCCACGGGGAUCAUCAGGCCGCCGUCGCAGGCGGAGGCGCCGCAGGCAGCCAGCGAGGCGACGGCCGCGGCCGCUGCUCCCCCCGCCGCCGCAGAGGAGGAGGAGGAGGAGCCGGAGGCAGAGCUGGAGGAGGAGGAAGAGGAGGAUGAAGACCUGCCAGACCUGACCAGCUUCAGCAUCGACGGCAUGAAGCAGCGCUACGAGAGCGUGGUGACCAAGCUGUACUCGGGGAACCAGUGCUGCCUGUGCAGCAUGCGCUUCACCGCCGCCCAGACCGACCUGUACGCCGACCACCUGGACUGGCACUUCAGGCAGAACCACGCCGGCAAGGUGGCCAGCAAGAAGGUCACGCACCGCCGCUGGUACUACUGCCUGACGGACUGGGUGGAGUUUGAGGAGAUCGCCGACCUGGAGGAGCGAGCCAAGAGUCAGUUCUUUGAGAAGGAGAACGAGGAGGAGGUCCAGAAGAACCAGGCGGCGGCCAAGGAGAAGGAGUUCCAGAGCGUCAGAGCCACCAAGGACCAAGUGGGAGAGUCCUGUGAAAUCUGCCAGGAGCCGUUUGAGACCUACUGGGUGGAGGAAGAGGAGGACUGGUUCCUGAAGAACGCCGUCCGGGUCGACGACAAGAACUUCCACCCUGCGUGCUUCGAGGAUUAUAAAAACACGUCGUCCUACCUGGACGUGACGCCGUCGCCCAGCCGGCUGAUGGCCGAGCACCCGCUGGGCGCCUUCAUCAAGACCGAGGAGGAAGAGGAGGCGGUGACUUCCUGUGCGGUGAAGCAGGAAGCUCAGAGCCGUCCGUGCGGCGCUCCUGAGCCGGAGGAGGCGGCGCCCGCGGCCCCGGAGGCCCCUGAGGGCCCGGCGGACUCGGCUCAGUCCGAGGACAAAGCGUGACGCAGCGCCGCUCCUCUUCGUCCCUCCGGGUCGAAGUUUUUACAACUUGAAUACAUUUUGGUAUUUGGAUUGGUACGCGGCCAUUUCAGGCUGCUCUUCUGUUCUGUCGGCUGUAAAUGAUUUAAUUUAUACAUUAAAGUAUUUUUGGUAACUCUGGUCUACAGCUGCUGUUUGCUGCCUGUACUUACAGUCUAUUGGCUGCUUUGUUGAUGAGUCAUCACAGGUGUUGAAGGUAAGCAGCAUCUGAUUGGACGACGACGAGGUUCUGGUUUCCCUUCAAUAAACGAGUCUGAAAGUUG